ACAACAACAACAACAACGCAUCCAUUAUUGUCCGUUUGAGCUGCAAGCCUGCAAGUUUUUGGCGAAUUUGCUGGUUUUUUUAGCACGUAACAAGGACUAGGAGCAGCAUGGAGCCGACGCCGUCGGUUGAGAAAGUGCGCUAUCGGAGGCGGCGCUAUCCAGUACCUUCCUCAAAGCUGCAGACCAAGGGUCGACUUCUCGUGGUUGCAUUCAUUGCCGUCUCGGUGCUCGUGGUGUUCUUCGCCUCUAGUGUCUUCCUCAUCAGUCUCGGCGACUUAGCCAACAGGCACGAAAAACUCCUCGCCAUCUCCUUACGAGCGGCUCACGGUAACCUAGAUGACAGCGUGGACGUCGCCAUCUGUCGAAGCCCCGACUGUCGUGCUGAAGAGGAGGCCCUGUCCCAAGACGUCGACGAGACGAAGCCGGCCUGCCAUGACUUCUACGCGCACGCGUGCAGCCGCUGGACGCGCCGAAACCUGCCCUCGCGACACCAGGCGGAGAACGCGCGGGCAGACACCGUGCGAGCCAGAUACGUGUUCCAGCUGUACGAUUCCUACAAGGCAAUGGCUAUUGACAGUGCCCUCCAGACUGCCGAAGAGAAAGCGGCCGCCAUGUUCACUGGCUGCAUGGACAGAGACUCCAUCGAGGAACUGGGAGCGGCGCCCCUCAAAGCGCUUCUGGUCAAGCUGGGCGUAUCCUUCCCGCCCAAAGGCGACGAGGCCCGCCGCCUGGACCUUUCCCGGUUGGUGGCCAUGUCGCUGCGCACGCUCGGUGUGCAGUCCUUCCUGUCUGCCCAGCUGAGACCCGACGUGCAGCUCAAGGAGCAGGCCGUGUGCGCGCUUGGGGCUCCGGACAUUUUUCUCGAGACACCGCUGCUGGAAGACAACGUGAUCCGGCUGUCUUGGUACCAAGGCCUGAUGGCCAAGGCCUUCUUCUACCUCGUCGAAGACGAAAACUACGCCUCACGUCUAGCUGAAGACACCUUCAAUUUGGAAAACGACAUUGCUUUGGCCAAGAUAGCCGACAUCCCCCCGGAGGCAGACCCACUAUACGAACGAGUCAUCGUCAAGAACCUGGUGCAACUUCCGCAGUGGAGCUGGACCGGAUUUCUGUCAACCUUGUUUGGAGUCAAGCAGUCGUCGCUCGGAGAGGAUGUGUACGUUCUCGUCAGGUCCAUGGACUUCCUGCACCACCUGGCGCCUGUAUUUGGAAACAGCUCGAGGGCAAGUCUGGCCACGCUGGUAGCGUGGCGAGUCCUCGUGUCGGUGUCCCCGCUACUGCCCAGACCCUUGGACGAGCUGUCCCGGCUGCACGCCCAGGGUGACCCGGUACUCGCGUGCUACGCGUUGCUGGAACCGGCCCUCGGAGCGACAUUCGCCAACACGCUGUUGCGCCGCCAGCCCCCUGUAAACAUGCAGAAGGUGAAGACGCUAUUGCAUCAAAUCCAGGAUGGAAUCGUCGAAAUGCUUAAAAACUCUCCGGCUAUCAGCCAGGAGAUGAACACUAUCGUUGGAGAGAAGAUUCGCGACAUGAAGUGGCAUAUCUUCCCGCGGCCUAUGGAGGGUGUCAGGGACAUGGACAGCAUUUUCGAAAAGGCCCGCGACAUCAGCUCGUCACGCGUGCUGGACGGCUUCUUCACGCUCUCAUCCCUAGCUAUGGAGAGCCGUUGGUUGCCGUCGUCACCUACUCUACAGAGUUGGGCUUUUCUCGACGUGUCUCCUUUUUAUGAUGUAUUUCGCAACACGUUAGUGAUUCCUUUCACCUCUGUACAGAAGCCGUUCCUAUACGAUAGCCUGUUUCCACCCAUAUACGUGGCCCGAUUUGGAUUUUCCGCAGCCCGACAACUUCUGCAGGCCGUACUCCCUCAAGGUUGGCUCGUGGACAGCAGCGGCCGCUUCCGUGCCUGGUGGUCGGAGAGCGCGCGCAGCGUCUACGACAAGCGCACUUUCUGCCUCGUCAAGCAGUACGCCGAGCACAGCUGGCUGCCGAUGAACACGACUGCUUCGCUACAUGAAAACGUCUUGGACAAUGUCGCUGUUCAGGUCGUGCACGCGGUCUACACGAGCAUCCUCAAGCACAAUCGACCUCCAUUCGUGGGACGCGAGGCACAGUGGCAUUUUGGCGACAACAACAUGACCGCUGAGCAACUUUUCUUCUAUGCUUACGCAUCGAAUAUGUGCUCGGCGCUCAGCUCGAGAGCAGACUACGAGCGCAGAAUGCGAGGACCCAUCGCGCCUGCCAGCUUUAGGGUGAACAUACCGCUGCAGAACCUACGUGCAUUCGCCGAGGCCUUCGAAUGUGAUGACAAGGCCAAGAUGAACCCGGAGAGAAGGUGCAUCAUCUGGUGAUUGGUCGCGCUCAUUAUGGCACACGCCUCAAUUUAUGACGCCGAGAGCCACCAUUAGGCUCGGGGCAUUCGCUUUUCUGAACAAUGUGCUUUUUACUUCUGACUCUAAUCUAACAAAAACGACAAUAAAAUACCUUAUG